UUACAGGUCUACUUGGCGAUAAUGGAACACAAAUAGAAUGUUCAUACACCAUUAAAAAUGUUCUUAGGAUCGAUUCUGUUGCUUUUCUGGCUUUGAACGCGAGCACCACAACGUUUGGCACCAUAGCAACAUAUUUACCAGGUAUAAAGCCGUUGAUAACUCCACAAGGACAGUAUUUGAUCGGGAGGGUGACACUAAGUAAUAUAACACAAUCAUCAACAAAGGCAGUCAUGGUAUUUAACAAGCUGUUGUGCAUAGACGACACAUUCUAUAGAUGUAAUGUGAGAUUCGUUGAUUCCGGUGGCGUGCCACGAGAUGCAACUUCAAACAACAUAAGCAUAUCAGUCCAAGUGACACCUUCGAAGCCUGAUAGAAUAUUUUGGAUAAAGGUAUUUGCCGAUUCAUCGUCAACGACCUCAACAGUACCUAUGUCUGCUACCACUUCGUCGUCAUCUUCUGCAGUGACAACAAAGUUAAAUGAAACAAUAUCUACCAUGGACAGCGAUGAACAGAACGAUACAACUGCAUCCACCCAUUCUACGCUACCAACAACUGAUCAUAAAACUACAUCUUCUACCCCUUCGGACGAGUAUCUUUCCACCGACAGCAGCUACAGAACUACUACACAUUCUAUACAACAAACAACAACAGCACAAGGAAUAGCUGAAGGGGAUAACAUAACAGUUGUCUGUACAGGAGACGUUGGAAAACCUGCAGAGAAACAUGUCUUCCAAAAGUAUCGUAAUGGCCACAAUUUAUCUAUGACAUAUACAGCCACUGAAACAUCAAUAUCAGAAAUGUCUGAAAAUUGUUCCUACUAUCGUAGAAGUAACCUCACAUUCCAAGUAAUGUCUAGAGACAACAAUGCAGUGAUACGAUGUGUUGUUAAUUCGUCAAUGGCAGAGCCGGAUAUGUAUGUAGAAACGGAACCAAUAGAGGUCUACUAUGAAGUGAGCAUGCCAACUAUAAUAAAAUAUCCGAAUAAAGCAUACUAUGUAGUAGGCGAAGAUACUAGUAUACAUUUAACUUGUAAGAGCGAUGGUAAUCCUAAACCAAAUUACCAAUGGUAUAAAGAAAACCAUAAGGAACGCAUAAGCACAAAUGAAAACUUGAAUAUUACGGAUAUGAAUGUAACGAAUAGUGGAGUAUACACCUGUAAAGUCAGUAACACUUUCAAUGGCGGCACGUUCACAAACUCUACUGAUUUGCAAGUAAAUAUUAUGAAUAAAGUUGACAUUUCAACGACCCAGUCUAGUUCCACAGGCAGUUCUUCUGGUGUUGACGAUAAAAAGGAAAAACCGGAUGAAAACUCGGAUCUAUAUACAGCUAUUGGUAUUGUUUCGGCGGUUGUUAUCGUUAUAAUCAUCAUUUUCCUAAUUGUUAUGAUAGCAAGGAAAAAAAGGAAGAGUAAAUCCCCUACAAUUAAAAAUGAGUCUAAAAGUUCCGUUGACUCUAAAAAAAAACAGGUUACGGAAUCUAGGACUGGUGAUUAUGAUUACAUUGCUUUGGAAGAUGAUGCUACUAAAAAACAAAGUGUUAAUAAUGGACUCGAGGUUGAAGAUAUUAAAGAGCAUAAUAAAGAAUACUUGAAGAAACAAGAAGAAGAGGAACAGAAAAAGAACGAAUCAAAUACACCACCUCAACCCGCUGUAUAUGCUCAAGUGAACGAAGCAACAAAGUCAAGAAACAAGCAAAACACAGAAACUCGAGAGAGUUCUGAUAAACAGGAAGAAGACGCGUAUGCGGAAACACAGGACGGGAUCUACGAUAAAGCUGGAGACAGACGUCACAAAGAAAAUGAGAAUGUUGAGCAUUUUGAUUCAUCUAAUAAUUCAAGCAAACAAAACAGCAAUGGUGAUAAUAAGUUGUCAAUUCAAACUAACAAGGUAGGAUCUUAUGCCAACCAAGCAUUUGAGAAAGAUGAAAAUCGCAAAGUUGCCACCGUAUCUCCGACAAUUCGCUCUUCAAGUGGCUCUCAAAACGAUGAACCGACAAAUCUUAGUCGUAAUAGCCAAUCCAAAAAAGGGUUCGAAAAUAUAAUAAGUACAGAUCAAACCGGUACAUCGGAAGAGGAUUCGUUUCAUCGAACCGCGUUGUAAAUCGAUUGUGGUUCCUUUUAUAUGAAACUCAACUAUAAACAAAAGUUGUCUAUAAGGAUGUUAAAAUGCAAAUAUGACUUAUAGAAUGUGUGGAAUUCAAGUCAAGUAACUUUAUUUAUGAUCUUUGUUUAUUUGUGUCGUUGGGUUGUUGUCUGAUUAACCAUGUUAACUUUAACCCAGCAAUCUCCUGUUAUUCAUAUAAACUUCAGAAUUUGGGACUUACAAAACGAAGGACAAGUGCCCAUACCAUACCAAGGUCACUUAAUCACUUGAGUUUAGGCAUUUUUCCCCUAAAUUUAACAAGGCGAACAAUGGAAAGAAUACAAUGUUUUAUGUGUGUUCUUGUAUUUCAUUAUAUCGAUAUUCUAGUGUUUUAGAUGACAGCUUCUGAUAGAUUACGAUUAUCAUACUAGAUAUUUGUUGCAUAUUCAAUAUAACGAAAAAUAAUAUGUUUUAUAAAUUAAUGGCACAAAAAUCACUACAUGUACUUAACAAAGAGGAUUUUAUUCAUCCCGAAGCCGCAUUAACACAUCUAAUAAAGAGCAAACACUCAUAUCUCGCGUAUCAUUCAAAACAACACCUAGCAGAUCCUGACAUCAAUCCUUAACUGGACAUCAGUCUUGCUGCAUCUGUAAAUUAACAAUCACAGCUGCUGGGUAAUAUCGACAAAUUGUAUACUGUGUUUUGCAUUCAUGAACUGCACGAUAUCUAAAGUCAAAUACGAAACUAAACAGACAACCAUAUUUAGGUUAAUGUUAUAUAUUCAUUAAGGAAAUUAUUAUGAAUAGGGCAAAUUACUGAAUAUGACUGAUCUACAUACUGGUCGAAAGAAAGUGUUUUAAGAGUAUAUAUAACAUACUUUACCUUAAUUUAUUUCAUGUUUGAAACAAAAGUUUCGAUUUCUUCGAUUCUUCCGAUUAAAAGUUUAACCAGAAGCAAUUAUAGUUGAUGAAUGAAGUUUUGUAAUAUCUUUUAUUUUCUAUGCAUUUUCAAACGAUAUAAAUAUCUAAAUGAUUUUGAAAGAAAAGUUUUUAUUGUAUGUAUUUAGAGUUAAUUUAACAGCAUCUUGAAUCUAAAAUGUUUUGAUACCGUAGAUACAGAUAGAAAAAUGGUGAAAUAUGUAGCAAUCUUGAAAUUGCAAUUUAAGAAAGCACACAAAUAAUAUUGUUUAUUAAGAUAUUUAUUUUGCUGAUGUAAAAUUUAUUUGGGGUCACCAGAUUCAUAUCUACGUAUUCUCGAUUGUCAGUCUGAUGAAUAUCUGAUAUGAAAUAAUGAUAUAUAUAGACAAAUGAUAUCCAAAUGUAAUUCCCCUUGUAUAGAAUAAAAAAGGUUAAAUCACGAAGAACUCCCGAAUACAAUUAUUAUUUACGAAAUGUAGAGUUCCUAGAUUCUGAAUAUAUUUUUUUUUAUUGUGAUAUCAAUUGAUUUGUUUUGCCUUUAUUAAAGACAAUAUGUUAUCAUUUAAGAUCUUGACCUAUUUGAUAAAUUAGUAUAUAUUUUUAGGUUCACUCUUGAACUCGUUUGUCAUAUAGGAGUUUUGUUUAAACAGUUUGUAGAACUGAGGGCGUCAGAUAUCUCUCAUGCUAGUUCUGUAUUUAAUAUUAUCUGACAUUUGUAUAUUUAGCUAAACGUUGAUUUGUUCUAUUCUUGUAUAUGAAUUUUUGUAUGUUUUUUUUCUAAUUGCUUGGCCAUAAUUGCUGAUGUUUAUAAAUAUAAUAAUUUAUAUACCAGAUGACAAAGAAGGAGUUAAAAGUGAUAAGAGGACGGAAAAAUACAAUGAACCAUGGCUUUCAUCAAACACGACUUGCAAAAAAAAAGUAUAAAGGGGCGUUUGUCUAUAAAUAGUUAUGGAUUUAUUCUAUUAUAAGUAUAGAGACAUUGUACAUGAUUUGAUGCUUAUAUCUGUAUGCCCCACUUACGAUAGUAGAGGGAAAUUAUGUUUUCUGGUCUGUGCGUUCGUUAGUUCGUCCGUCUGUCCCGCUUCAGGUUAAAAUUUUUGGUCAAGGUAGUUUUUUGAUGAAGUUGAAGUCCAAUCAACUUGAAAUUUAGUACACAUGUUCCCUUAUGUUCCCUAUGAUAUAUUCUUUCAUAUUUUAAUGCCAAAUAAGAGUUUUGAUCCCAAUUUCACGGUCCACUGAACAUAAAAAAUGAUAGUGCGAGCGGGGCAUCCGUGUACUAUGGACACAUUCUUGUUUUAACCUGUGUUCAAGUAUUUUAACUACAAUGCUAUUCAGGAAAAUAUAUGAAAUCAUAUCUCAAAGCAAAAUAAUUUGUACAGAAUGUUUAUAUCUUUUAAAAUUAAUUUUAUUUUUUAUAUUAAGCAGUAAUUUAUAUAUAUAAAAAAACUAACUUA